ACCAAUGCGCAAUUGUCAGUGCCGCGCCGACCGCCGCGCAGAGUGAACGUUGAAGAGUGUUGCUCUUGCGCGAACCGCUGUAACACGAAUACAUCGCUUGCGAAUCGGACCCACUGUUCGGGGAACAGCAGCCGUAGCGAAUUCUUCCCUCUCGGCUGAGCAACGUCGCGCGUCGCGUACACCUGCCAAAAGGUCGAGGUGCUUCGAAGAGAAACGGAAACGUUUGAUAAAAAAAAAAAAAUAAAUAAAAAAAGAAAAAAAAAAGAAACGGAGUUCAAAGUGCUAGUGAAAUUGAACGACUCGCGCAGACGCGGACUAACGUGCGAUCUUUGCGCUCGUUAAUGGACGUUCGAGAGCGUAUCGAACUGGUACACGAUUAGAUAAAGCGGAAAAGAGGCGGCGGGUUCGGUGGAUGCAAGUUCGCGAACGAGCGUCGUGCGACCUGGUGAUCCAUGCGAGAAACGCGAUCUUGUCCGCGGAUUUCCCGAUGCCGCUGCCGAAUCCGCGUCACGGGUUCUCCUCUGCGCAUCUCGCGGUAACGAGCACAGCGACCAGAUCUGGGAUAUAAAGCGAGCAGACACGUAAUCGGCGUGCCGUCCGUCGACGCGAGUGCCUGGGAUGCAGCGACUUUAAUUCCCGCGUGAGAGAGCGCCGUCGAUCUACGCCGCGCGGCCGUGCUUCGAGAGGUGCAAGGGCGCCUCUCGAGACCGAUUCCCGUUCGACCGAAGGGUGCCGAGAUGCGUUGGACCGGCGCUGGAUGCACGACUAUAACUUGUACGACGAACAGCUGCAUCCCCGUCUUUUGGCAUCCGUGAGAUCGCAUCAAGAGGCGCACGUGCCCUCACGCACGGCCCACGCGUACGAGGCCGAUGAGGAAUCGCCACGCGGCGCGGGAAUGGGCGCGAAACUUGUUUACGCGAUGAAGCAACGUCGCGCAUUCCGCGCGGCGCAAGUUGCAGUUAUUCAGGGAGCCUUGACUCGCGUUGCCGCCGCGUAGGUGCAUCUCGCACAUGUGCAGGCGUGAAACCACGCCAGAGCGGGGAGGGAGAGAUCGCGAGCCGUAGAUGGACUGGGAUUAAUUGUAAGAUUACCGCGAACGCGGCGCGCAACUGCGAUGAGGAUCUUUUUGUGCUAUCGAUCUUCGUGCCGCUGACUUUUCAACGCGUCUGUCGCGAUCAAUCCUCACUGUAGACGAAACCAGGAAAAAAAGAUUGCUAGCAAAACGGUAAUAAAUACUGAAUAAUAAAGCCGUGUAAUUGAUUCGAGAAAUAAAAUGCUUAAUCAUGUUUAGUUUCCGCCAUAAUCCUUUUUUUUUAUUCCGGCAUUCAUAAUCACAUAUGUAAACGGAGGUGCGGCCAAUUUGACGCUAUAAAUGCUUCGAAGCAUUCGAUUGGCCAAUAAAAACAAAAAAUUUGACUAAUCGAUAAUCGACCGAUUGAAUAAUCCUUCAUAGCAUUAAAGCGUGAUCGCGCCUUCAAAAAAAUAUAUAAAUUUUUUCUUUUAAAUUUAAUGCAAAUCCGCUUUUAUUGUCUCGCACAUGCAAUCUACAGUUAUUGGAAUUCAUCAGAAACGCUUUCUUCCUUUUACGCGCGCCGUUUCCUCUUCCUAUUCAUGGAGCCGGUGACCAUAAUAAGAAAGAAAACCAAUUAACUGUGUGGUGGGCUGAGUAACAACACGAAUCAUAAACCAGCGGAGACCUCGUAAAUGCACGUCGAAAAGUAAUCUUCGAGCAAGACUUUAAUCUUCGGGCGGAAAUGAUUUCGGAGUUAUGCCCUUCCGUAGCGCAACCCUCCCUUUUUUUUUUUAAUUUCGAGUUUAUUAACUGGGAAGAUUCGACAUUUCUACACAACGAUAAUAAAACAAUCUCUUGGAUCCUACGCGCCUGGUCCCUUUCCUUUCAUCCAAGUAUACUUCUUCUGUGUUUAACGGAUCUGUUGUUAAAGAGUGGAGGUAUGUGUAUCGUUUAAUCGAAAGCAUUUGAUAUGAAUCAAUCAACGUUGAACGUUUCUGUUUCGCAAACACAGUAGGCUAUUGUACGAAGCAUAUGGAGAUCUUGCGUUGCUUCUCGCAAGGUCAACGAAUCGGCCACGGCCGAGACCCGAUCGCUCGCAGGAAUUUGUUCGAAAGCGGCGCGGGAGCGCGAUAGAGCGCCGGUGUGCGCACCGUCGAGCUUUAUCUGCCGCGUGGGAGGUCCGGAUCAAUGUAGUUUGCGAUGGAACGCGAAAAAUAACGUCCUGGUAAUCGCGGCCGGUGGUUUAUGGGCCGAGCUAUCUGCUAGGAAUAAUGGUGCGUGCGCGAGUCGGUCGGGGAGUGCGCGAGGUCAAGCGCGAUGGUAGUCUUUUGUUCGUCCACACAGAGUGCCGUCCGGACAAAGGAACUGCGCGCGUAAAAUAUGCACCCUGCAAAGGAAAGGAAGAGGUGGUGCACAGGAGGUUAGAAUUUCCCACGUGCCGCAGAUCUGCAAAUCCGAUUCGUACAGCCCAAUUUUCAAGCGCGAUCUCCUCUCGCGAUUAUCGCGAUGAAUAUUCAUGUAUAGAGAAAGCCUACGGACCUAAAAUUCCCAUCUAAUAACAAUUGUCAUUAUCUGUCUAAUGAAGAUUUCGCAUUAAUUGCUCUCCUGCAAUAGAAUUUAUUCAUCUUAUUCAUGUUAUUUAAUAAAAUACUAGUUUUCUUGACGUAAAUAUUUAUAAGUAUACGAUAUCCAUAAUUUAACGAAUGCGUAAUGAACUCAUUUUCAUUUUUUUUUUUUUUAAGUUUACAUUAUAAGCGCAUAUCAUGCAUAACAUGAAAUUAAAAUAACAUUAAUAACGACCUAAUUCACGUUGUCAUCACGAUGUACGUCAUACACGUUCUAUCGCGCGGUUAUAACGUGUGCAUUUUGGUCAGCCGGUAUGCCUCCACGAGCAAUCUGGUGAAUAGGAGACCUGUGAUUUCCCCGGCGCUCACGUACGGACAAGGUUAACCGGUCGAUGAGCUCAGGAGUCAAGCUGGAAGCGAUCGUCCGGUAUCCACGUAGCGAUUUGCUGUCACGCACGAGGGCUUUCUAUUCCUCCGCGGCAAUGAAAUUGCUACGCGUGGAAAUCCGGUUUCCGUCCUUCCGUCAUUUGUAUCCGAGACUCUUUUUUUUUUCUUGCGUACUCGGGACCUGCUCGAUGGAGCUCGAUAGAUAAGCUGUCGCUACACUGACUGGGUGCGUCCGAGCGAAAGGACACGCUUAUGGCUCGGGGGAAUCGAACAAAGUUAUUUCUCGAUAAAAAGAAUUUCCCAGUAAAUACACGUUGUACUCAAUCUUGAGAUAAGUAUGUAAAAUGCGAAGGUAUACUCGUAAAUCAGCGGUCUUGCAUAAAAAUAUCAUACUGACCAUACUCAAGUUGUCUACUUCAUUCGCCACACAUCAGAAUUGCAACAGCAAUGUACUUGCCUAUGGCGUCCGCGAGAAAACCGCAGAUAUGCCGCAGUGUGCCGCUGGCUUGUAAUUAGUAUUACGCGCUUCGCUGCCUUGGACAAACAGUUCUCUUAGGAGCUGUCCGCAUCCAGAGGAUUUCAUUCUCGCGAUCAGAGGGGACUUUUCUCGUCGUUCGAUCGCUCGGCUUUACGGGUAUUUUUUUCGCGUAGACCGUCUAGCGCGUUAAUGAAUUUGCACAAUGCUCGGGAGAGUGUUGCCGUAACGGUGUAGAUAGGCACGAGGUAACGGUAUCGGGAUACUUCUUGACGCGUUUAUUAUCCAUUAACGCGUUCAUACUAUUCGUACUCGCAAACACGCUCGCGAGCAAUAAUACUCUACUAACGAAUGCACACUAUGUUACGAGCGAUGAAUCUUAAUUAACCGCCAAUGGGCUUACAUUUAUAGUCGACGAUAGCGUUUCUGCGAUAAAUCGCGACGGAGAUUUUUCCGCGAAAAUCAAUCGCUACGCAUAAACACGUGCUCGAGCGGCGAGCUAAUCGAGUGAUUAAUUAGCGCGAAUCAACAAGGUCUAUUCAUAUUCAUUGUCGAUGUAAGCCUCUCUGCGAGAAAGUUUACGUUAUCACAGCGCUCAAGAUUUAAUCCUUGGAACGUUCGAUAAAAAUAAACGCGUACAAUUAGAGAAAUAUUAAUCAAACGUUCAGUCAAAUAGUGAUGAAAUGAAUUCUGUAGUUAUUGGUAUCAAAAACUUAGUUACAUUGAUUUAACAAAUCAUUUAUAGUUGUAUAAAAUUGUUUGAUUAAGUCUACAGAUUGUUUGAUCAAAACAACUACAUGUUUAAUAAUUAUAACUAUAAAAUCCAUUUGGUUACUAUUUAACUGAAUGUUUAUCUAUCUCGCCAAAUAUUUCUCUCAGUGUAGAGAGAAACAGGCAGUCAAAUCGAAUUACAAUUGAAGUGUCCUACAACUCCAACAAAAAUUUUUGAUGCCUGUGUAUAUGUAGUGCCUAUACGCGAAAGACGUAAAUUAAAAGUAAAUUAAACAUUGUGAAUAUCAGAAACACAUACGUCAGUGUUAUUACUAUGUUUGUUAAUAAGAUUCAAAUGUAAAGAACAAUUGUUGCACGAGGGUAAAGAAUGUGUUUACGUGCUCAGCAAAGUGCACCAUUAAUGUGUUAAUAAUAGUGAAAAUGCGCAUGGAAUAAAGGAUGGGAAUAUAUGAAUAACAUUAACGUUAAAUGCGGCUUACCGAAAUGGUCGCUGUUGUGCGCACAAAAAUUAUAUUUAUCGUCGUAGAUCAGCAUCGCGCAGUCGUGACAAACAAGUGUCAUCGUGACGUCAAUAAGGCAGACAAGUGCGUACGAUUCGUCGGCACUUUGUUUUUAUCUAUGCCGAUUGUCGUGGCUUUUGCGAUGAAGACGCAACGUCACAGUUCGAUGCAUUUUAACGAUGCACCGAUUUGCGGAACCCACGGUUAGUUGUCGAUUGGUAUCGGAUUGAUAUACGGCACACAUUGUCAACAAUUCUCGAUAUCGCGUACGGAAAAAUUAUUCGCCCACGAUAUCGUCACGUGCAUUUUUUUUCAAGCGAGUAUACUUAGAAAUAUAUGUUUGUGUACUAUUUUUGAUGAUUUUAUUGUGAAAAUCGAUGGAUUGUAAUUGACUGAUCAAACGAUAAAUUAAUUUUUUUAACCCAGUUUUUCGUUCUAUAAAAUCAUUUUCCAGGAUAAUACCGAUGAGAAGGUCACGAUGCUGAGACCCGGAUCCAUAGUGGGCCUGCUGGCCCUCGUGGCCAUGCUGAAGAUCGCGGACUCGAAUCACUGUCUGACAAUGCUGGAAGAGGUCCAUCCAAAGAGAGUAAUUCAUUACGAGAGACACUUCUUGAACAUUAAAUUCGAAGUGUCGAGGAGGGUGACACAGAGGUUAGCGUCGGAGAUCAUGAAGAUCUUUUUGACCGAAGUAUUAGGUUACACCGGAGUCGCCAUAGUCGAGCAAGAUGACUACUUCAAUGCGUCCGAAGUCUUUGGAAGAAUGAUCGAUAGAUCAACGUACACCGAGUACAAAAUUCCAGAAACAAUGGUGAACAUGGAAGUGUGGAUUCCGCCGCAGGAGGACACGACUCUGCUGCUGGACAAAUACAACGUGAAGGAAUGCGGCUCGAUAGCGCCACCGGGUCACUUCGGUUGGUUUAUUCCGGAGACGUUAACGAGAUCCGAUGAUAGUUGGCUGAUCUUCUCCAAGCUAGAGACUGCCAGCAGAUUUGCCGUUGACGAAACAUACUUGCCGAAAGUCAAGAAACUCAUGAUAAACGCGAAUACAGGGGAAUACUACUGCCACGAAACUUUUUGCCAGCACGGGAUGUACAUCCCGGAACAAUGUCACGGCCAAGGCCAGCAGAAGCCGCCGAACUGCGCGUUAUUACUAGCCGAAUACUCUGAUGUAACUCGUUUCAUAAAAGAACACAUCGAUCAGAUGAAGCUCUACGUUAAAGUAGCGUGGGUGGGUCCGAAUCUAAGGAAUCUGACCAAGUACUUGACCAGAGAAUACACGCAACUCGCGCAAAACUCAUCUGCUUCAAUCGGAAACAGAUCUCUGGUGAUCCUGCACUAUACGCCCAGUAGUGUGAUCCCGAAUGAACAAGAAUUUAAUGAAAUCGACUUUCCACAUUGCGGAACGAAAAAAGGUCCGCCUGACUGCGCGUACGAGAUGAACAGACUGACGAAGCUAGUGUGGAAUAAGUUGGCAACGAUCGCGAAAGUCGCCUUCGAGGCGAUAAAUCGCGUCAAGUUUAAUCGAGAGAUGUACGAAGAUUUGAUCGCGCGUCGUAUACGAGCGCCCGUGAACGCCACGGACGAAGAUGUCGCCUGCGAUUGGUUGAAGGAUAAUCUGAACUAUACCCUAAAGGAAUGGAAGCCCAAAAAUGAUGGCAAGAACAACCUUCACGUAGGUGGUAUAUUUCCUAUGAAUGGCAAUUCCUAUACGGCCAGGUCUAUCGUAAUCAGCGCUUUGAUGGCGAAAGAAGUCAUCAAUCAGAACAACACCCUGCUGAGAGAUUACAAUUUGAAUCUGUUGGUCAGCGACGGCCAAUGCAAGUCGGAUAUGGUGAUGAAGUCCUUCAUCGACUAUAUCGUACAUAAUUUUUACCAGAAACUAAUUGGUGUAUUGGGACCGGCUUGUUCGGAAACCGUGGAGCCGUUGGUCGGAGUGUCGAAACACUACAGAACGGUGAUCAUCAGCUACAGCGCCGAAGGCUCCAGCUUUGAUGAUCGGACCAAAUAUCCAUAUUUCUUCAGGACUAUUGGCGAGAACAAGCAGUACAAACAUGUCUAUGUACAGCUCUUGCAGAGGCUACGUUGGCGUCGAGUGGCUUCACUGACGGAGGAUGGACAGAAAUAUACUGAAUAUAUAUCGUAUAUGCAGGACAUGCUUAGGGACAACAGCAUCGACUUCGUAGCAAACGUCAAGUUUCCGAGGGAGCGAGAAGUUGACGUGAUGACAAAAUACUUGCAAGGUUUAAAAGAAAAGCGGGCAAAAAUUAUUAUCGCAGACGUAUAUGGUGAGGUAGCUCGUCAAGUCAUGUGCGAGGCAUAUAAACUGGAGAUGACAGCUGUCCAGGGUUACGUCUGGUUUCUUCCGCUUUGGCUUCAGCCGCAAUGGUACGAUACCGAUCACUACAAUAAAGAGGGAGAACAGGUACCCUGCACCACGAGUGAAAUGAUGAACGCUAUAAACGGACAUCUCGGUCUGUCACACGCGUAUUUCGCUCGGGACGACGACAUAAUGCAGGAGGGAAUCACUGUACGCGAAUGGCGCGAACGUUACGAGAAUACAUGUCGAGCACAGAAUCUGACACCCUCUAACUACGCCGGUUAUGCCUAUGACGCCAUGUGGACUUAUGCUUAUGCCGUAGAUCGACUUAUCCGUGAAAACCAGAGUUAUUAUUUUGAACUUCACAGCGAACAUUCGGUUAAUCGUCUCACGCAGAUUAUUGGCGAGACUGAUUUUUAUGGGGUGUCCGGAAGAAUAAAGUUUCUAGGUGGGCCAUCGAGAUAUUCUGUUAUCAAUAUCGUACAGUUCAUCGAUAACGAGACGCGCAUUGUUGGUAAUUUUUAUCCGAAUAUCUCGGAAACCAAGAACGAAGUAACGGGCGGCGUCUUGGAUUUGAAUACUUCAUCUUUUGUGUGGUUAUCGGAAACAAUGCCCGAUGACGGUUCCGAGCCUCCAUCGAGGUGUGUUCUAGGGGGAUUGGCGGAAUUGCUAGACGUUUCUUGCGAAGUAGCGAUUGUGGUCGCUAAUAUUAUCGGCUUUGGCCUUCUUGGAGCAGUUUUGAUCGUCAGCUUCAUCAUCAUAAAACGAAAUUACGACAAAAAAAUGCAGAUCCACGAAAAAUACAUGAAGUCCCUGGGUAUCCUGUCACAGAUGGAUACUUCCAGUUUAGAUGUGUGGGAAAUUCCUCGAGAGAGAGUAGUAAUUAAUCGAAAACUCGGAGAGGGAGCCUUUGGCACCGUUUACGGUGGUGAAGCUUUCUUCCCUGAGAAAGGCUGGCUAGCUGUCGCUGUGAAGACUCUGAAAGUCGGUAGCUCGACCGACGAGAAACUCGAUUUUCUCAGCGAGGUCGAGGUCAUGAAGAAAUUCGAGCAUUCGAAUAUCAUUAAACUAUUGGGAGUGUGCAUAAAGUGCGAACCCGUGUUAACCGUAAUGGAGUUUAUGCUCUACGGUGACUUGAAAACCUAUCUGUUGGCCAGAAGACAUCUGGUCAACGAUCGAAGUUACGAGGAUUCCGAUGAGAUCUCGAAUAAAAAAUUGACCGCCAUGGCGUUAGACGUUGCAAGAGCGCUUAGCUAUUUAGCGCAAUUAAAAUACAUUCACAGGGAUGUUGCCUCGCGCAAUUGUCUAGUGAACGCUCAGCGAGUGGUGAAACUCGGUGACUUCGGCAUGACGAGACCAAUGUAUGAAAAUGACUAUUACAAAUUUAAUCGAAAAGGCAUGUUACCAGUAAGAUGGAUGUCACCGGAAUCUCUGGCGCUGGGUAUUUUCACACCAGCGUCUGACGUCUGGUCUUACGGUGUACUACUCUACGAAAUCGUUACAUUCGGUAGCUUUCCUUUCCAAGGGAUGAGCAAUAAUGAGGUACUCACGCACGUAAAGGCUGGCAAUUGUCUCACUGCGCCAAAAAAAAUAAAAUCGCAGCUCGAGAAUUUAAUGUAUUCCUGUUGGAACGUGGACCACACGAAAAGGCCAUCGGCACCGGAGAUCGUUGAUUUUCUAGCUUUAAAUCCUCGCAUUAUUGCACCUUGUCUAGACGUGCCCUUAUCGAGCGUGCAAUUAGAGCACACCGCGCAACUCGAUAUACAGCUAACGGAGACUAAUCGGAAAUUUUCCAUUUUGUGGCCGCAUCGCUCAUCUUCGCAAACACAAGAAACACUAAAGUUUCCGAAUUCGCCGACCCCACUUCUGCUGGACUUGAAUGGGCUUGAUGACGAUCAGACUUUAGAUUCCCUAAUCAGCCAAUCUUGCGAGCAGGACAGUUCUAGUCCCCUGCUGGAUUCCACGAGAGCCUCGGUUUUGAAGCAAGCGUGGCUUCAUGGAAAUUCCAACGUUAAAGACAACGAGCCUCACAGGUAUGUUAAUCUUCAACCAGGUAUGUUGAAGUUGCCCUGCGAACUGAAUGCGCCCGGUAAAAACGGUAGUGCCGGGAACAUUCAAAUGGAAGAGAGAACGUCUAUGCUGCCCGAGAAGAAAAGCACCGAUGACGUAUCAGUCCUCUGAUGGAACUAGACGAUUUCAUGAAGAAAUUGGAAACUAGUCAGGUGCCUCGAGGUACGUUCGAUUAAAGAGUUCAUAAAAUGACUGUACAAGAUCAAGAUCAGAAUCUACAAAGACGUUCCUAAACAUUUAUUCUUGAAUGAAGAAGAAAAUUAAUGCACAAACGAAUUUUAAGAUAUUCGUCAAAUGUAAUCACCACGGUCAUACUAAAGGAUUCUUUAACGAGUCGAGAAAGAAUUGGCUCUCUCUCUCUUUCUCUCUGAUGUGGCAUUUUAAUUAACUAGCCAGAGAUAUUCCCUUGAAUUCUAUGAAGAGUGAAGAAAUUAAGUUAAUCUCUAAUUGAUUACGAUAAUUCUACAAUGAAAUUUUCUCUCUUCUUAAAGAAUUCCUAUUGCGUUUUUGGAUAGAGCGUCCUGAAAUGUAUAUACUGGUAGCGAAAUUCGGUCUCGAACGAAUAAAAAAUUCGUCGAUAAUGCCUAAGAAGUACCCGCCAAAAAAAAAUGGUCGAAUGUAAAUUACUCAAACACAAUAAGAUCUUGCUGAUAACCUGCGUCUUUUUACGUGACGAGGACACAUCAGAUAUUGAACAGAAUAAAUACGCAAAUUAUAACGCGUAAGUAUCUUCAGCAGCUCAAAACAAAAAUAUUUAAACGGAAAUAUAAAAAGUAGUAUAUAUAUCAACGAAGAGAAUAUCGAUCUAAAUAGGGUUGGUACGAAGAGAUAUAUGUAUAUUAGCAUCGAGACAACGAGUUAUCGAUGGCGAAAUUGAUUUUACUGAAUCCACUUUUUGAGACUGACUUUCAUUGCGAAAUUAAGUCGCAUCAUCUGAUCGUCGCAGACACGGAUGACCGACAUUAUUCGUCAUCGUAGACAAGUAACCAAAGGGUACAAAAGAGAAGAGCUGUUUCUCGUAGACGCGAAUUUCGAAAGCGGAAGAGACGAUCGACGUCGGUGCAUCCUUCAUCCAGCAGUUCUAUCGCCUUCUGCUCAAUGCAUCUUUAAGACUGACUCUCGAGAUGGAAGGGACGCAUAUUUUUCGUAUAUAUCUUUCUUUACCCUUUUUCCUUUACUUUUUUGUUGAGUCACGUUUCGAGGGAAAGCUAGCGCAUUUGAAUAAAUCCGGUGUUUUGCCAGUGGCGACGUGUUCGCGUAACCAUGACAUUUUUUUUUAAUCGUUAAACACAUAAAAAGUCCGGUAAUUUUUCCACCUUUUCUUUAACUCCUUCACUAUCCAUUCGAGUUUUGUUAUUUCAUUAAAUUCAAACAUCUUUAAAGAAUGUACAAAUUCUCCGUGAAGAUUUUGUUAUUCAGAAAUCUGUGUGCUUAGAUUACAUCGAUAUUCUUAUUAUUGAAGUUAUUUUAAUCUAAAAAUUGUUGCUUAAUAAAAACAGAGCUAUCGUGAUGCCUAAAAGAAAACAUCCUUAUGAUACACGAGACAAUGAAAGGGUUAAUAUCUCCUCGCGAAUGCGACUACGCGUUUGUCGAUCACGCGUCGCCAUUGCAUUCACACUCACAAUUUAAUCAAUAUCGUAAGACUAAUCAUCGACUGGCCACAUACUCGAUCACAGAUGCGAUUAUUUAUUGAUACACGAGUGGAUUUCUUGCGAAGAGAUUUUUAUACGGAAUAUAUUUCUCGUUAAGGGUCCACUAUAAUAGCAUUCUUGUAUAAAGUAGUGUUGCCAGAUGACAGAUAGUACAUCCUAUUUUGUGUAAAUAAACUCACGUAAAUGUAUAUUUGGCCUUUUCCGGUAUCAAUUGACAGUUCCUCCAGAAUCGUUUCUUUUUAUGUUCCUGCAUUCUUGAAGUAGAUAAACGCCGAAAGAUGUGUGCAAAAAAAUAUACAUAUAUAUAUUCCUUAUUUUCAAAGUGAUAAUUAUAAAAAGAACUCCAUUCACGUAUUACUUUUUAAAUAAGUAAUUGUAUGUAGAUCAAAGCGUGCCAUUCAUUAUUAAGUGACCAGUGAAAAAAAAUUUAUAUAAAUAUUUAUUAUGCCUCAGUAGAAUUAUAAAGAGCAGGAAAGGGUUAACUUUCAGCAUCCGCUGUUCAAUUUAAUGACUGAAUAGCUGUACAACUAACAAGGGUAGGCCUCGACAAUAAUCUCGCUGAUUUUAAUAAAAUUUUGUGGGUGUGUAGUAGUUUGUAGUAAAAUGAGUAAUUUACAUCCCGAGAUAAAUAAUUGCAUUCGUUCUUUUGUAACAGUACUAUAGAUGGAAAUAUUUAAUCGUCAUUUUCUUGGGAAUGCCCAAGUCUCGCAACGAACGGCUUUACUACAAUAAAGGUGUGAGUAAAUACCACACGCCUAUAAAAUUUUAUUAAAAUCGGCGAGAUCAUUUUCGAGGCCUCCCCUUGUAAGAGCGUUCAUCAGAAACGCAUACAGCAUCAAAGACUUCGAUAAAAAAGUAUUUUUAUUUCUCGAUUCCAGUAACUAUUCGUUUUGUAACUAUUCGCGCAUAUUCGGCCGCGUUGCGAAAAACGUGUCUUUAAUUAUAUUACCAUAUUGUACAUAGAAUGCAAUUACACAUUCUUCCGGCGCAUUAUAAAGCAGUAUACAUGAUUCAUUCAAACAUCACUAUCCAACAAUUUUACGAAGACUUAUUUCAUUACGCAACUAUAAUUUUUUAAUACGUAUUACAGUUUGUAAAAGCUCAAAUAAAAAGAUAGACAAACGUCACUCUACACAAACAAAGUAAAAAUGUAUAUGCAUAUGUAUAUAUAAAUAAUGUAGGAUGAGUUAGGAAUAUAAAAAAAAAAUUAUUUAUUUUCAACUAUUUUGUUAUUUUAAUUUUUAUACUAUACGGAUAGCGGCUUUUUCUAAUAUAUAAAAAAAAAUCGUUCGAGUUUAUAGCAACAUUUAUAUGUACAAUUAUACAUGUAUAUAUUAUUUUUAAAAAAUAUAGACAUUAAGCCAGCAUCGCGCCAACAUAUAUGUCACAAUGAUCAGAAAAUUUAUUCUUGUCAUUGCGUAGAAAUACGUUUUCUUUUUUUUUACUACUCGUUUGAUCGAGGAACAAUAUUCGCGAAUGCGUCGGCGCACCCCUUCGGCAGAUGUAGACUAAAAGGCCCAUAAAAAAGGCUUUUACACCCGUUUGUACAUACCGCGACACGUUGCUACAUGUCCUUCCUCUAGUAGUUACUUUAUAAAAAUAAUCUUGGCGAUUUUGCCAGAUAUAUGCGAUUACUCUUAGAGCACGUAUAAGAUCCUUGAAUUUACUCGCUACGGAUUAUACCAAUGUUAUUUAUUGUCGAAUUAUAUAUUGUAACUUAUAGUCCGCGGCGAAAGAUAUUCGCAGCGUACGUUCCUCGAGCAUAUAUUUAUUGAGCUUUCUGAAAUUAAAUAAUAUUAAAUAUCUCUGUAUUUUUUUUAUUGCUCAUAUGACCUCUUUUAUAUAUGUACAUUUAAAACAAUUUAAAUUUAUUUCAAAUAUUUAUGCUAAUGUUAUAUUUAAUCAAAUAGUUUUAAUGUUAUUUAUAUUUCACAAAUGUAACUACAAUACACAUGUAUCAUAGUUCCGAUUUUCAUGCAUUGUACAUACUUCAAAUUCCUUGUGUAAUAUAAUUGUUUACCAUUAAUUAUUGGAAUCUUUUGUAAUUUUAGUUACAAUUUUGUAAGCAUAAAGAGAAAAACAUAUGGAAACGAAGAUAACAUGUUCUCAACAAUAAACAUACUUUUUAAGUAA